UUGCAGGCGGCGCCACGCUCCUCCAUUGAAAGCAUAGAGGAGCGGGUAGUUGGUACUGAAUUCUAUGAACGAGUCACAGUGGUACGGGUGCACGGCACACUAGCCAGUGUAUUAUAGCGGUAGUGAAUGAAUUGGCAUCUUGUUAUGAAACCGUUGUCAAAAACAACCCUUGCAGUGAUCCUCUAGCGUCGGAAUCCUGCAGAGAAGGCCCGAGAGUCUGAUGACUAUGUGCAGAGAGAAUUGGGGUAUCUAAAGAUUGGAGCGUGCCCAUGUUCAGAACAGUGCCGCCUAACAUUCAUACUUGUGAUGUGGUAAGCUGCCUGUCACCAGCACCCAUGGCCAGCUUGCACGUGGACGUUGUCUGGUGCCACAGAUACACCAACAGGUUCCUGCUUGUGGGUACCGACAUCCGUCUCUUCCAGAUUCCAGAGAAGGAUGCAUCUAGCAGGGAAACCAAUCGAGAUGUGUUGCCAGGUGCUGAGCCACUGGCCAUCCAGAGUGACCUGGAGUACUUCAGGUGCUACAGCUGCUACCUGAACCCCCGCACUGACAUACUCCUCGCUGUGGGCCAGGACACUGGGAAGGUCAGCCUCGUCAGUUUUGGCCGGACUUUUCAUGACCAAGAAUGGGCCACCAGAGAGUUUGUACCAAAGCAGCCACGACGUUGCAACAUGGUGGCAUGGAAUCCUGUCAACUACAACCUACUGGCUGCCUGCCUGGACAAGCACAAGGGUGAUCACUCCAUCCACAUCUGGGACGUCCAGAAUGCAGCCACCCGACCAGUCGAGCUGGGUUACUCCGACUCUACUCAGUCACUCAGCUGGUUUUGCCAGUCUCCCAUGACCUUUGUGUCCGGCAUGAACAACAAGCAGCUCAGGAUCUAUGACAUGAGAGACUCCUCGCGACCAGGCAGCACAAGUACUAAGGCUACCAAUGGCCUGUGCGUAGACACUUUCUUCGAGCAUCGCAUUGCCUCUUUCUACAUGAACCAGCUCGUGCUUUGGGAUACUCGAAACUUUGAGAAACCUGUAACUACACAGACAGAAAACGGCAACAUUGUAAAGAUUGCCUGGUCACCAAUGAGGUCCAAUGUGCUCAGCCUUCUCACCAAGGACAGCUAUGUGGUAAAGCUGUACGAUGUGCAGCACCCGCAGGGUGUGGCUGAUGAUGUGGAGCCCACGAUGGUAGAACGCACUGUGCAACCCUUUCCCGGAGCGGUGGUGCUGAGCUCCUUCUCCUGGCAUCCCCAGGAUGAGAACCGCAUGCUGGCCGUCACAUCGACCAGCGCAGCCCGAGAUUACACGGUCUUUGACCGCAUCACGUUGAAUUGGUCCCCUCCGUCAGAGUUGGUGUGGACCCAGGGUCGCAAACUGGUGCACUGCUGGGAUGACCGUGACAACAGCUAUGAGCUGUCAGGAGACACUGCAGUCAAGAUGCGCAAACGGGCACUUCUCGGAUAUGGCCUUGAGCCUGAAGACCUCGGCAAGAAUGCAGAGCUUUGCCCUGGGGACUCCCACCUCCGUGGCCUCUGGUCGUGGCUUGAUCUCCAGCGCUGCCUGGAAGAGAGCUCUCGCCUCAAGCUGGUCAACAAGAGCGACUAUUCAGUGGGUGUACGCGCCAUGCUGGGGGACCUGGGCUCCAGUCGCCCCUCGGAGCCUGUGUACCGGGCAGGGCAGGGACCCCUCAACUUGGUCACCUACACCAGCCGUGAACGUGAGCGUGUGCUGUGGCUCUGUGGAUGGAAGCAAAGGCACGACGGUCUGCAAGGCAAUGUCUUCAACCAUAGGCUGGAGAAAGAAGGUAGCUAUGCCCGCAAGGCAGCCAUCCACAUGUUCAACCUGCGUCUACGAGAAGCCAUUACAGUGCUCAAGGAUGCAGCCACCGCAGCACAAGUGUCUCACCCAGGUUGUGCGAGUGCAAGCAGCCUGGGCCUGGUGGCACUGUCCCUGUCGGGCUACACAAGGGAGACUCGGGAGUCCUGGCGGGAGGUGUGGCACUCGCUCCGUCUCUCCCUGGGAGACCCCUACCUGCAGGCCAUGUUUGCCUUCCUGACGGCCGCCGAUGACAGUUACACUGAACUGCUGCAAGACUGCAACAUGGCUAUUGAAGACAGGGUGGCAUUUGCCUGCCUUCACCUCACCGACGCAAAGCUGCUGGAGUACAUUGAUGGCUUGGCAGAGGCUCUUGUUGAGAAAGGGAACUUGGACGGCGUCCUCCUCACAGGCAUGAGUGAAGAAGGCUCUCAGUUGCUGCAGCGCUACCUGGACCGCACCGGGGACGUGCAGACAGUGAGUGUGGCCGCCCUGCAGAGCUACCCAAGCCCCUUGAGCUCGAGUCCCCGGGCACAGCUCUGGGUUGACCACUACCGCCACCUGCUGGACCAGUGGCAGCUGUGGUACCAGAGGUGCCAGUUUGACUGCCAGUGGGUGCGCCAGCAUGCAGCCAGCGUUCCGGCACAGCAGGUGUUGGUGAGCUGCAACUUCUGCAGCCUGGCGGCCUCCCCUUACCUGCAGAUGCUGCAAGGGGGUCGCCACCACCAGGGCAACAAGGGCACACACCUGACUACAGCCACCUCACAGAACAAGACCAAGGUCACGUGCUGCCCACACUGCAGAAAGCCACUGCCACGAUGUGCGCUGUGCCUGACCAACAUGGGCACACCGGCGGGGAGCGUCUGGAGGGGCAGCAAUGAGCAAGGGGACGAGAGUGGCAAGUUGGCGGAGUUUUCCACCUGGUUCACCUGGUGCCAGAGCUGCCGCCAUGGAGGACAUGCGGUGCAUCUCAUUGACUGGUUUCGUGACCAUGCUGACUGUCCCGUGACUGGCUGCAAUUGCAAGUGCUCGGCUCUGGACAGUGCUGCAGUUCAUACUGCCCGUAACAUACGCAGUGAUUGAGGACAGUGGUACGCUGCUUGUCUUCUUCACGUCGCCCCAGUGAGCACGCCCCUCAACUGCUCAUUUUAUAACCAGCUGCUGUCGGCCUUUGUUUGAAGGCACUGGAAUGGAGGCAUGCUCCUCAAAACAACUCAUAGCAGUAAUUCCCAAGGACCUUUCCAAAAAAGCUUUUGAGUUGUGGUGUGUUUCUGGAAUACUGACAUAAAGUAUGCAUCUAGUUUUUUCUUUUUUUUUAACAGUGCCCUGUCAGCCUAUUCCUUACAAUAUAAAGUUUCAAUCACUUGAAAGCACAACAAAUAAUAAAAUUGUGAAAUAAGAAUAAAAAUGCAUUGAAAAUGAUA